GGAGGGUGAAAAGGCGUGUUUAAACGCUUACCCACACCUUCCUCAUCAUUAUGUAUAAGGCGGUGGCAAAUUUUAUUUUUAAAUGGCUUGAAUGCAAACUGACGUCACAUAAAUAAGCGACAUGUUAUUGUUAUGUUAGCUGAUUGAGGCUAUACGGUGUGACUUAGCGUUAGCUAACCUAAAGCGUAGCUAAUGCUGGCUAAUUAACGUUAGCGUGCCGAGCUUGCGGUGUACUGGUUAGUGUGUGUGUGUAUGUUUGGUAGCCAGCCGUCAUCACAAUAAUAGGGGCAGCUUGAGAUCUAGUACUGCAAGGCUGGCAUAGAAAUGGCAUCAAUUGCGGCGGCGCAUGAGCCAGGUAUAAGCCCAGGCUCCAUACCGCUGGCUGAUGCUUUAGUCCCCGCGAGUAUAUUUGCUCCGGACCGGGGAGGAUGCGGGGACGACACAGGCGACGAGUGCUUCGAGGACGGGGACAUGAUCAACGGCGAGCCCGAGGACCGAGGGGUUGACUUUACUAGCAAGGUAAAGCUAGGCCCUGCAUGUAGCAGCGCUGCGAAGCUGGCACUUGUUAGCCCAAAUGGAGAGCAGUAUGACUCGUUACUACGUCAGCUACGGGACAGGAUGGAAGAGGGAUGUGGAGAAACCAUCUAUGUGGUUGGCAUGGGCUCAGAUGGUGGUGACUGGGGUCUGGAUGAGAAAGAUAUGGAGGCCUCAGUGGCCACGGUGCGCUCUUUGUGUGAGCAACUGGACGCUGACCUUAUCCCGCUACGAAAGCGCAACGAGACUGCCGGUUUGGUGCGCGACUAUCUGAUCCGCAGGCGUGUGGGAGAGCUGGACUUCCUGGAGGUCAGGGUUGCAGUGGUGGGUAACGUGGAUGCUGGUAAGAGUACUCUACUGGGAGUGUUAACGCAUGGAGAGCUGGACAAUGGCAGGGGCUUUGCCCGCCAGAAGCUCUUCAGGCACAAGCACGAGAUGGAGAGUGGCAGGACCAGCAGUGUGGGCAACGAUAUCCUGGGAUUUGACCAGGAGGGACAGGUGGUGAAUAAACCAGAUAGUCACGGAGGAAGCCUGGACUGGACCAAAAUCUGUGAGAAGUCCUCCAAGGUCAUUACCUUCAUAGACCUGGCCGGCCAUGAGAAGUACCUCAAGACCACAGUGUUUGGGAUGACCGGACACCUGCCCGACUUCUGCAUGCUCAUGGUUGGCAGUAAUGCAGGUAUUGUAGGGAUGACCAAAGAGCACCUGGGCCUGGCCUUAGCUCUGAAUGUGCCUGUGUUUGUAGUGGUAACCAAGAUAGACAUGUGUCCAGCCAACAUCCUACAAGAGACACUGAAGCUGCUCCAGAGGUUACUGAAGUCCCCCGGCUGUAGGAAGAUCCCCGUGCUGGUACAGAACAAGGACGACGUCAUAGUCACAGCUUCAAACUUCAGUUCAGAGAGGAUGUGUCCCAUCUUUCAGAUAUCCAAUGUGACCGGAGAGAACAUGGAACUGCUCAAGAUGUUUCUCAACCUGCUCUCCUCCAGGACCUCCUACCGAGAUGACCAGCCUGCAGAGUUUCAGAUAGAUGACACCUACUCUGUACCGGGAGUGGGAACAGUAGUAUCAGGAACCACAUUACGUGGACUCAUACGUCUGAAUGAUACCAUGCUACUGGGGCCAGACCCCCUGGGCAGUUUCAUCCCUAUUGCCGUCAAAUCAAUCCACCGCAAGAGAAUGCCCGUGAAGGAGGUUAGAGGUGGCCAGACUGCCUCAUUUGCUCUCAAAAAGAUCAAGCGUUCGACCAUAAGGAAAGGAAUGGUGAUGGUGUCCCCAAGGUUGAACCCACAGGCUACUUGGGAGUUUGAGGCUGAGAUCCUGGUAUUGCAUCAUCCCACCACGAUAUCCCCCAGAUACCAGGCCAUGGUCCACUGUGGCAGCAUAAGGCAGACAGCCACCAUCUUGUCCAUGAACAGAGACUGCUUACGGACAGGGGACAAGGCUUCAGUCCACUUUCGCUUCAUCAAGACCCCUGAGUACCUGCACUGUGACCAGAGGCUGGUGUUCAGAGAGGGACGCACCAAGGCUGUGGGGACCAUCACAAAGCUGUUGCAGUCCACCAACAAUUUGCCAUCAAAUUCCAAACCUCCACAAAUCAAAAUGCAGUCUACAAAAAAAGCACCACUCCGAAAAGAAGACGGCACCACGGCAGCCGGUGAUGAUGUAGCAACGAUAGCACAGUCGGCAGGACCAAACACGCCACAACCACCAAAGUCUGGAGGAGGUGGGAGGAGAAGGGGUGGCCAGAGGCACAAAGGAAAAGGCCAGAACAGCAGCACCAACUCCACGGCGGCUCCCUCCUCAUCAGGGAUAGGAGGCUGCUGAACUGCCCCGUUGUCCCUGGCAAACCUCCCUCUCUGCGAUCACUCCACCAAGUGUCUUCAUUCCACAAACCAUGAAGCGUACCGAUGUUUGGAGAAAGACGCUCUCCUCAGUUUUAUUACUACUUGCCUUUUUACACCAGGUCCUAUUGUUAUUGUUUUUGUUUUUAAAGGGAACGCAAAGGGGUAUGUCCCACACCAAAGGGCAUACUCCCUUUAUGCAUUUUAAUGUCGACUGCCUUUACUAUUUUGAAUGGGUCGGGUAAUGUAAAGCAGUGUGGUUUCUGAGGUUAGCCUCACUCAGGAUGAUGAUUUAUUUAAUGUUAUCCAUAUUUAAUGUGUGUCUACGAAAUCUACAAUUAGUCCUCGGGCUCAUUGUCAGAAACAAAGGUCCAGUACCAAUAUGAGCAGCUAUAAGUGAAACUAUCCCAUGCAUUCCCUGUGUACUUGCAAUGAAAAACAGUCCAUGUACUAUUUAUACUGCAUAUGUAAACCAGCUGUUAGGUGUGCUCUGAUUGGAAAGAUGCCAUUGUACAAAAUGUAUGCAAAUCACAAAUGAAUGUAGCAGAGGGCACAUAGUGAUUUCAAAUUCUAGAUAUAUGGAAAAUAUAAGCUGUUAGAUUUUAUAAUGAUCAGUUAUUUAUUUGGCAUACGUGCAGAACGUUGACUAUUGGAUGGUCUUAGAUCUUUCCGCCUGCUCUCAUCUGCGUUCUUAGAUUCAGUAGUAUCUAUCAUGCUUCCACUGUCAGUCAUCCAUGACCACAACUUAUACCAGUAGUGUUAGUACAAACAGAUACAGCACAUAAUCGUGUCACUCCCAACAGUUGCUCAUGAUUUUAAAGACAUGCAGUACUUGCAGUGCUGUUUGUAACUCCUGUACCCCAUGCGUUAAGGCCUGUUGCUGUUAACAUGUUGUGACAUUUUAAACAC